AUGCCGAAGCAAGAGCGAUGCGUGCUGCUGCUGCAUGAAGUGCUGCAGCAGCAGCAGCAGCACCAGCUGCAGCAGCAGCAGCACCAGCUGCAGCAGCAGGACCAGCAGCAGCAGCAGCUGCUGCAGCAACAGGAGCUGCUAGAGCAGGAGGAGCUGCAGCAGCAGGAGCUGCAGCAGCUGGAGCUGCAGCAGCAGGAGCUACAGCAGCAGCACAUGCGCGGCGCUGCAGCAUGA